UUGUAGUUUAGGUCUUGUUUAUGUGUUGGUAUGAGUCUCUGUUAGAAUUAAUUUUGUACUCUGCUUCUUGUUUCCCCUGUUUGUCUGUAAAAAACUGAAAAUCUGGUAAUGAAUUUUAACAUUUUUACCAAAAAAAAAAAAAAAAGUUUAUGCAUGCAAGUUGGUUAUUGGGUUUCUGCAAUGACGUAAAUUAAUAAUUAGAAGCAGUUACGUAAAUUAAUAAUUAAAAGUGGGAAGAAAGGUAAGGGUAUGAUUAUUGGGAAAGACCUUACUAGGUUCUUAAUAAAUAUUUAAUUAAUAAAAUUAAGUAAAAUAGUGUAAAAGCACUAAGAGGUGUUCGUUAGGGCAACCAUGUCUUUAGAUUGAAGGUCCUUAGUGUUUUUUUUAAUGUUAUUUGUAGUUAAGGACAAUCUUAAGGACUUUUAAAGAAAACAUGGAUUAUUGGUGGGAGUUAUUUUGGUCUUUAGAUUUCGUAGACUCCCAAUCGGCGGAGAACCAGAGGCGUUUUGAAUCGCCGUCAAGAGGGAAGAGAGAAGCAGGGAAGAAGGGACGCGGCGGAGGACGGAAUCUACUGGGCCAAAUCAACGAAAAGGCUUCGAUUCGAAUCGCGGUGAAGAGUCGAGAGAGAAGAAAGGAACAAGGGGCGCGGCGGAGAUCGGUGUCUACUGGACAAAAUCAACGAGAAAGGCUUCGAUUUUGCCUUGAAUCGUCGGAGAACCACAACAAUCUGUGGUUUUCGCCGUCGAUAGUCGAGAGAGAAGAAGUGAAGAAGAUGAAAGGGAUUUCCAUCGCGAACCGGGGUUAACCCUCACCGUCCUGAAAGCAUAUCACGUCACGACGCGUAGCAAUAAGGACGCGGUGAAAAAAUCCCUUAACUAACUAACGUUCUCCGUCUUUUUCAUUAUUAUUUAUUUAUUUUUAAACAUAAUUUGCUAAGGACUUUGACUUAAAUACGCCGAUAAUCAUGUCCUUAGACCAUCUGCAAUGGGAGUCCGUUAAGGAUCCUUAGCUCCACAUCCAAUGUUUAUCAGAUUAAAAAACUAUUAUUUGAGUAACAUAAUACAAGGAUUGAUCCUUACAUAAGGAAUUUAAGGAUCAAAUCCUUGUCUACGUGGUGGCUAUGACUUGUAAACAUUUGACUUGUAAACAUUUUUAAACUUGUAUCAUAGACAUUUUUAAACUCUAUCACACUUAUAUUAAAUGAAACCUAUAGUUUUAAGAAGAUAAACUUAUACAUAAGAUAAAAAAAACUAAUAGAAAAUUUUUAGCUUAAAAUUUUUUUUUUUUAAAUUGAAAUUGAAUUUUUAAACUUAUACAUUUUUAAACUUCUAUUUUCUGGUAUAUUUAUUUUUAAUCAUGCAAUUAAUAAAAUUUCAAUUUCAAUUUAAAAAAAAAUUAUUAUUUUUUAUUUCUAAGAUCUCCUAAUUGGGGAUCACCAUUGCGGAUGCUCUUAUGUGUCUUAUUUAAGGGACAUUUCUUACCAUCUCUUAGCUAAAAGCUGUUUUUUUUUUCUUUUUUCCUAAUUCUUAAUUAUAGUAAAAUACUUGUCUAAGGGAAUGUAAUAAACAUGGCCUUACUUAUUUUGCCAUUUUGGAGUUACUUUAAAAAAAAAACUGAUUAUUUCAUAACUACUUCUAAUUAUAUACUAACUUUAACCACGUUCUUUUUUUCUAUAACCUAAGCAGUUAUAACAUUUCAAUAGAAUAAAUUUAUUAUUACAGUGCAGGUUAUGUGUAGAAUAAUUAUUAAUUUUGUAAAAAAUACAGGUAUCAAGAAAAACUGAAUAGUUUAUACAUAUUUCCCCCUUUUCACCAGACUCUCAUGAUCAAAGUUAUUAAAUAUGUAUCAAGUCUUUUCAGAUUAUCAUUUCUUUUUGAAUAUCAUAGUCAUAUUAUCUCCCGUCAGGACCCUCACAUGAAAACUGAGUGUAACCAACAUUAACAAUUAAUACGGAGUUUGGUUCCAACACAACAUUCCAAAGUACUCUUUUACUGUAUGGGUUGCUAUUCCAAACAUGCUUCCCACUGGAGACCGCAUAUCACAGUGGAGUGGUGUUGCUUCAUCUCUGUGCAGUGCCACUUAUGUAUGAAUCACCCAGAAAACAUGCAAAACCAUUUAUUCUACCAAUGCCGAUACUCUGCAGAAGGUUGGAAAAGCCUCACCUAUAAGCUACUGUCUACCGAGUACACUCAUCAAUGGGAAGAUAUAGUGCUGCUCCGUACCAAUCAUCAGAGAAGCAAGGUAGAGUUGUUUCUUCUCUGAUAUGUUUUAAAGCCUCCUUAUAUACCAUUUGGAAGGAAUGAAAUGGGAGAAAAUUUGGAGAAUUGCACAAAUCAGCAGCAAGUCUCGUUAAACUCAUCAAUAACCAAGUCAAAAACCGUAUCUCAAGCAUGACAACAAGCGAGGACUCAGUCCAUCGGAACUCGGAAGGCCAUGUCAACAUAGUUCUCUUUUAGAUAUUCAAAAAUCUCAAACACAAGCAACUUUAGUUGUAAAAAGCCCUUUUUCACAAAAAAAAAACUUUAGAUGUAAAAAGGAUUUUUGUUGGUUAAUUUUUUUUUAAAACAAUUAAUGCGGAGUUUCGUUAGGUAAAUAAAAUUAAAGUGGCUUGGUUUCAUAUGAAUCAGUCAAUUCGUGAAUUACCCUUUCACGGUUGGUCUAAUUUACCAUAUCAGAUUGAGUCAUGUUCGACCCCAUACAACUCACUAUCCUAAACACAGAGACAUAGAAACCAAGAAUGUAACAGACGAGGCAGACACAAACAUCAAAUUUUUUUUUUAUAAAAUUUUAAAUUUAUUGAUCACAAAAGAAUAUAUAUAUACAGCUAUAAGGAGUUUAAACACUGAAUUUUAAUGGAACGGCUAGAGUAUUAAACAUGAGCCGCAAACCAUCUAUUCAUCAAUCCAUGUAACCUUGGGUUGGUGGAGUAUUUGGUAGAAGUACGAUUCCGAACAGUUUUGUCGAUCAUCUUUGCAAGCUGGUCGACUGUCUUACUACUGGUGUGACACAAACAUCAAUUACUAUCAUGUAACACCCAUGUCAACCUCCAAAAGUCUUAGUACGUAUCUUCAGAAAAUAUAGCCAGAAAUUAUAUUCCUCAAGAACUUCACAUUUUUGAUACAUUUUUAAGCAAUUUAUAUUUAUUUGAGAUAACAUUUCUUUCACCAGGUGCUUCUUUGUUAAUGAUUCUUUAACCAUAUAAAAAAGAAACAAAACGGGAAAUUUGUUUUUACAAACUUUAGCAAUGUUUUAAAAACCGGAUGAGACAUUUACUCGGCAUUGUAAUAUAUAUGUAUAGUUAUAAAAUUAUUUUUAUAAAAUUUUAUAUCAUUACUAGAAUCUAACUAAAAUUGAUACAUAAAUAAAAUGAAAACUUAAAAUAUAGUAUAAAAAUAUAAUGAAAACUAAUUUAUUUAAAAAUAAAAAUAUCUUUUUAGUGAAAUAUUCUUAAAAAUUGCAAUUUUUAAAUAUUUUUAACUUAAAUUGAGAAAACCGAGUUUUAAUAUUAAACCGGAUCACCGGUUUUACCAAAUUUUCUGGUUUAACUCAGAUCCAGUUUUUAGUACAACUUAAAACUGGUUAAAAGAGCGAAUUAUGGUUCGUCCGGUCCGGUUUUCAAAACACUGAACUUUAGUAAAAGGAGAACGAACUGGUCUAAUGGACAAUGGACUACUUUUGCUAUCUAUUUUUUCUUUUAUUGGAAAAAUCACCACCAAUUGUAAUGGUGAAUAAUAUCUUGCGUGAAUUAUGUUGAUUUCAAGCUGAGGACAUCUUGAAACAAAAGCAUAAUUAAUAUUUGAUUUCUGAAACUGUUUUGAGGGCACAUUCUAUUGGAGAAGCUUAGAAGUAAUUACUAAAAAGUGAGAAGGACAAUAUUUGACCAGUUUAAUAUCUUCCCCAUUUCACUCUUGGAGAAGCCAAUCGAUUGAUCCGGCCAUAAGAAUCACGUUGCUAACUAAAACGUCACAUCGAGCUCCUAGAAGCACUCGAUCUCUAUAAAUAGCAAGAAACCCCCAAUCCUUAACAAUAUAUACAAACACAUUUUUUGUUUUAACAACUUACAAACACAUUUCUUCUUUUAACAACUUACAAACACAUUCUUAAUAUAGGCAACGAUGGCAGAAACUACGCAGAGGAAGAGGGAGGUGUUUGCGACCAAGAAUGAAUUGUCGGUAGCAUUGGCUAAGUACACUGCUCAUCUCUCGGCCAAGUUCUGCAAGGAGAAAGGAAUUUUCACCGUUGUUCUCUCCGGCUGUGGCCUCAUCGAUUGGCUCGGCAAGUUGUUGGAAUCACCAUACAAAGAAUCAGUCGAAUGGUCAAAGUGGCACGUCUUUUGGGUGGACGAGAGGGUCUGUUCACAUGAAGAUCAAAACAGCAACUACAAACUCGCCAUGGAUGGUUUUAUCUCCAAGGUUGGGAUUCCGAAGGAGAACAUCUACGCAAUCGACAAACAAUGUGCCGCUGAUGGUGACGCGGAGCGUUGUGCGACGCUCUACGAGGAGUGCUUGAGGAACCUGGUGAAGGAAAAGAUACUCCCACUAUGUCCAAAUGGCCAAUUUCCUCAGUUCGAUCUCCAGCUCCAAGGGAUGGGUCCUGAUGGCCACAUGGCGUCUCUCUUCCCGGAACGUCCUCAGAUCAAUGUGACGGACAAAUGGGUCACUCACAUUACCGACUCCCCAAAACCGCCACCAAGGAGAAUCACAUUGACUUUACCGGUCAUCAACUCGUCUUUGUACAAUCUUGUGGCCGUUUGCGACGACAACACAGAGCAAUGUGCACGCUCCAUCGCUGAUAUCUUUAAGCACAACAAUCUCGCCUUACCUGCUGCUCAUCUUACUGCCCAAGUCGAACAAAUGUGGUACCUUGACAAAGCAGCUGCUUCAUUGCUUUAGAGAGCUAAACACAUUAAUAAAUGGUGUCCUUUAUAUGAAUAAUAAAAUAAUCUCUCCAAGUCAUGCUUUGUGGAGCGUGUUGUUGGAGUUUGCUUGCUUGCAUGUGUGUCGAAUAACCGGCUAAUAAUGCAUUUUGCGUA